CGAAUUAACACAAUUACCGUUCCGCUAAACUCCAAAUCCUUCCACAAUAAUUAACUCUAAUUGAACAACUAAUCGAAUUAGUUGGCGUAAUUUUUUAUUUGCCACAACAGAUUGUUAAUAGUGCCGCACGCAAGUGAACAUCGUCGCAAAAAAAUAAUAACAAAUAAAUAGAAUGGAUUUAGACGAUAUUUUACCAGAAAUCGGUGAAUACGGUCGAUAUCAAAAGUCGAUAUUAUGGUUAGUUUUACUUCCGGGAGUUUUUCCGUGCGGUUUUCACGCGUACAAUCAAUUAUUUAUGGCAGCAACACCUGAACAUUGGUGUAAAGUCCCCGAAUUGAAGCAGAUUCAAAGCGAAGAAAGUCGAAAUUUAAGUGUUCCUUUAGAAUUAGUUAAUGGAGUUUUAAAAUACAGCGAAUGUAAAAUGUAUGAUAGAAACUACACGGAUAUAUCAUUAACAAUUCAAGAUUUCGAUUAUGAUAAUGAUACCGUACAAAUUGAUUGUAAAAACGGUUGGAUUUUUGAUAAAUCUUUAUAUAAACAAACGGUUGUAAUGGAGUGGAAUUUAGUUUGUUCGAAAGACUUUUACCCCACCCUUGCUUUAGUAUUAUUUGGAAUCGGGGGAUUAAUUGGAAAUUAUAUUUUCGGUUACAUCCAAGACGGAUUCGGCCGAAAACCGGCUUUUUUUAGUUAUUUACUUAUUCAAUGUAUAUUUGGCAUAGCAACAGCGUUCGCGCCAAAUUUUUGGAUUUGGUUAACUUUUCGUUUUGGAGUUGGAUUAACUGUUCCAGCAAUUUUAGGAACACCAUAUGUAUUAGCAAUUGAAUUAGUUGGUCCAAAAUAUCGCACUUUAGUAACAAUUUUAAUAAACAUAUCGUACUCAUUAGCCUUGGUUUCACUGGCUUUGGUAGUUUGGUUAGUAACUGAAUGGAGAUUAUUAGCUUUGGUUACAACGGCGCCUUUCUUCGUAUUAUUUUCAUUCUGGUGUUUAUUACCGGAAAGUCCCCGAUGGCUUCUCGCCCAAUCAAAAUUUUCCGCCGCCGACAGCGUCAUAUCAAAAAUCGCCAAAAUCAACGGAAAACCAUUACCGACCAAUUACAUAAAUUUACUUAAAAUUAAAAUCGCCGAGGAACAACGGAAAAAAUCGCGGUCGAAAAAAAGUUAUGGUAUCUCCGAUUUAUUUCGAACCCCAAAUUUACGAUGGAAAACGAUUAUAAUCACGUUUAUUUGGUUUACGAAUACGAGCGUUUACGUGGGAUUAUCUUAUUAUGCACCUGCGUUAGGUGGAGAUGCUUUUUUAAAUUUUUUCUUAGCAGCAGCCGUUGAAUUACCAACUUAUUUAUUUUUAUGGCCCGCUAUGGAAAAUUGGGGGCGAAGAUGGUGUCUUUGUGCUAGUAUGGUUAUUGGAGGAUCUGCUUGUUUAUCAACGUUUUUAGUUCAACAUAAUUCCAUGGUAACUUUAGGGCUUUAUUGUGUGGGUAAAAUGGGAAUUUCAUCGUCGUACGUUGUGCUUCCAUUGAUGGCAUCCGAAUUAUACCCAACGGUUGUUAGAGGAUUAGGAAUUAGUGUUAGUACUGUUAUUGGAAUGAUUGGGCCUGUUAUAAUCCCUUUAGUUAAUUAUUUGGGUUCCGAUAUGUUAACUUUACCUUUAAUAAUAAUGGGAACGAUGUUAGUACUCGGAGGACUCAGUUCUUUAUUAUUACCAGAAACUUUAAACCAACAUCUUCCUCAAACUCUCGAAGAUGCAGAAAAGACCGGAUUAGAUUGUGGAUUGUGCUUUAAUGUGAAUCAAUAAUGAACAAAAACAUUUUUAGUUUCAAUUUAUUAUUAAAAUCA